CAGCUGCGUAAACUCCGUGUGUUCUUGCUCGGUGUCACGUGUCAUAAUACGUGCCAAAAUUAUCGGUUUAAUUAAGUAAAAUUCGUUCGGUGUGUGCACGGUCUUUCGUCGAUAAGCCCCGUUCGGUACGUGCUAUGUUGCGUAUACGGUGACUGCUUCGACUCACGCGGUCCCGGUCAGUUUCGUGUAUUCAAUAUGGCAGGUCGAGGUCCUUACGACGAUUCAAGAGAUUAUUCCACUGGUCAUCGAAGUAGAAAACCCUUACCAACGGAACCACCUUAUACAGCGUAUGUAGGAAAUUUGCCAAAUGGAAUUGUGCAAGGGGAUGUUGAUAAAAUUUUCGAAAAACUUAAUGUCAAAGUCAUCAGAUUGGUUAAGGAUAGAGAUACUGAUAAAUUUAAAGGCUUCUGUUAUGUGGAGUUCGAAGAAUUGGCCGAUUUGGAAGCAGCACUUGAAAUGGACGGUGCUGUCGAAGUCGAUAAAUGUCUAAUUAAAAUUGAUGUAGCGGAAGGAAAGAGAAACGACCGAGGUGGUGGCUUCGAUAGGAGAGGUCGUGGCGGCGGCGGCGGCGGCGGUGCCUUCAAGGGAAGAGAUUCUGGUCGUGGAUACGGUGACGACUUCGAUAGCAAAAGAGAUACAUACUCCAGAUAUAGCGAUAGAAGCGCGCAAGGAGCUAGCAGACAAAGUAAUGAUAGAUGGGAUAGUAGAAGUAACAGAGGAAACUAUGGUCAAUUUAAUGAAGAAACAGGUGGAAAUCGCGAUUGGUCGCGAAGUACAUCUAGUAGAUCCUACACUAAUAAACCUCCUCUUCGUGGAACUACGGAUAGAAGACCUUAUCAUGAUGAACCUUACUAUAAAGAGGCCGCUGCUCCAGAUACAACUGGAAGAAAACGUUUAGAACUACAACCAAGAACGGUAAAGGAACCUGUUAACGCAAUUGCCGAAUCGAGUAAAACAAGUUCGAUUUACGGAGGUGCGAAGCCUCGAGAAGAAAAAUUGAAAAUGGACAAGUAAACUGAACGAUAUCAUCAAUAAUCCCGACUUUUUCCUUUGUGUAAAAGGAAAUGGGAAAGAAAUUAUUGUUGAUAACAUUUUAAAUUCAUUGAAUCUAAGAUUCCCUUAUAAUUCCCUACAAAAAAAAAAAAAAAAAAAAAAAAAAAAAAAAAAAAAAAAAAA